AAAUAUUUUAGUGGCUCUAUUACGCAUAUUUAGUUUAGCCCCCCUGUAAUAUCUAUAUGACCCGAGACCGUGUAUAUGACCGUGAUCGUGACUAGACGGAAAAGUUUGUUCCUAACUCUAUACGUGACGUCACGGUUAAUUUUAUACAAACUAUGGUUGUGUAAUGUAUUUGUGAAUUUUGAGUAUAUAAGCACGUGUUAUAGAGCGCGGGCAAGAAGUUUGAGCGGCGAUUUGAGUGUUCAUUUGGACAGGUUUCACAUUUCUGGAAAGCAACAAAAUGCUGAAGAAUGUACCUGCGACUGUCAAUAAAAUUCUUGUACACACAGAAAACAUUCUGAAUUUGAAUGAACUGAAGAUAAAAGCAGGACAGAAUCCAACUGAUGAGUUGAUCGAGAGCCUGAAAAUAACUCUCGACAGGUGGACUCCAGUUGACAAUGGCACGACCGACACACUGGAGAUUCGUGGGAACAGUGGACAUUGUGCGUCCAUUCCCGAGUCUGAGUCGAGAAGUGACCUGAAGAUCAGCGUGAAGGUGUUCAUAUCCUCUCUCAAAACUGAAGCAUUGAGCGAGGCUCUUGAGAAAGUGUUUGCCGCGCUGGGGGUGAGCUUCGUGGACUCGCUGGUGCUGGCCUACCCCAGCCGGUCGGAGCCCGACGCGCUGCUGCCCGCGCUGCAGGAGCUCUGGCGAGUGCUGGAGAGCAACGUGGUGCUGCAGCGGCUGGGCAGCAUCGGUGUCAGCGACGUGGACACCGACGUCUUCAUCUCGCUCUACCACUGGGCCCAGGUGAAGCCCAGCAUUGUGCAGAUAAACCUGGCGACCUGCUGCGUGGUGCCGCCGGCACUGCAGGACUUCACCAAGGAACACAACGUGCAGCUCCUCACGCACAGCGAUCCCUUCGAGAUACUACCGAAGGCAGCGCUGAACGAAGUGUUUGGAGCUACGGAAGACGACGUGAGCUUGUUCUGGGCCCUGAGGUUCCAAGUUCACGUCAAGUGCCGUGGAGUUCUCGCCAGUAAAGGUUACCUACUGUGCGUGCAUCGCACUGGUUAGUCAGACAGAACAAAAUAACACAAUUGAAGUUUAGUGUAUCUAGCAGCAAUAUAUUUUUUCAAUGUUGCUGGUACACAGAAAGGUGUUAAAAAGUUUUUCCAUACACCAUACAUCAAGGGAUGUCAAAAUUUUCCAGAAUUGAGUUGUGGAAAACUGUCAAAAAACUACUUUAGUUGAAUCCAAAGAAACACAGGUGCUGUAUUUUAGUUCAAAGAGUAUUAUGUUUAUUUUAAAUUUGUGUAAUAUAUGUUUCAAAGAAAGCUGAAAGAGAAUAUUUCAUGUACAAAACAAUGUGUUGUCUAAAUUUUUGAAUAUUAAACAGUAUUCUGUUGCAAAGACUAGUAUUGGAAUUUCCAGAAUAUAUAAACAUUGUGAAGCAAAUUACUGCAGUUUCUACAAGAAAACUGUAAUGUGUUAUUACAGGCAUACAUUAACAUCACAAGAGAGUAUUGUAUACCAAAUUUCCUUAGGACGAUGUAUUACUGAUGCUCUCAUUUCUUAAUUCAAUGAUCUAAUGUAAGCAAAUAAAAGUUGUGUGCUCAUAUAAAGUGCAGAGUUCAAAGUUCAAAGGGUGGCGGUGUGACAAAUGUCUAGAAUUUUUUCGUCAGAGGCUGUGAGUAAAUUAAAAUAUGAAAACUAGAGAAAUGUGUCAGACAAAACUGUCACGUAAUUUUGAACUAAGAAGUUAAAUAAGAGGAAAGAAACUCUCUCAAGACAUGUCAGUGUUUCAGAAACACAUUUACUUGUAUUAUUAAUUAUGUAGUUAUUUUUGUAAAAAGGUCUGCAUGGGAGAAGUAUGUGAAACCAGUUGACUGUAUUGUAAGUUACAAAUAAAUGGGGUUAUAUUGUAAUGAUUGCAUUGUAGUAUUUAGCAUAUAAAUUUAAGGUAAAGAUGUGAUGCAUAGAUUUUUUUUAACAUUUUUGAUUUUCCAAUAUUCACAUGCUUGUACUUUUCUGUGAAUGUUUUUCGGAAUGAGUUGCAAUUAAAGUUGUUGUCCAACUGCGUAAAA